AUGACUUCCUUUGGAGCUAAUAUCAUUCGAGAAGGCGGCUUCAUGCCGACUUGCAUGAUACAAGGACAAAUAUAUCAUUUGCAUGGUUCAAUGGUACCAACACCAGAUAAACCGCAUCAAUUUCUGCAAAUAUAUUUCAUUUCGUCGAUGGUGGAUCAGCUGAAUGUGCGGUGCAAUAUAGGGAACACAACAGUUAAAGAGACGAAUUAUUGA